AAAGAAGCCGCGGCGCGUGCACAUUAAUUUCAGACCAUAACAACUUUCUGACCUGAGAGCGACCGGCAGAGACGGUUACCACAGAUCACCGAGGUAACACUGACGCAGGUGUAUCAAGGUUAACGUGACUGGUUGCAGUUUUCAUCACAAUACAAUGGCCAACAUAAUCUUUGCAGAGCGUGAAAAUGCACGUCUUCAUCCACCUGCUCUGAAAAUGCGACAGCGGCUUCAGUCUGCUCCAGAGAAACUGAGAUCUCCUAUGACUGCCAAAACCUUUACCACUCCUUUGCCAUCUGGUCGUAAGGCUUUUGGUGCAGUCAACAAAAAAGUCUCCACCCCUGCUGUCAAUGUACAGGAGAAGAAACUCCUAAAGCCACAGGAAACUAAAGUCAAACAAGCUGCUUGUACCAAAGUGGAGGAAUAUCCAGAAAUUGAGAAGUUCAUCCCUUAUGACCCUCUAGAGUUUGAGAAGUACAGUGUACCUGAGGAUCUGAUUCCUCUCAGCGGCUUUGCUCUGCCUGGACUGGCGAGUUUCCCACAAGCUCCACAUCUAUAUGAGGAGGACCUGGAAAAGUUUGAUCCACUCCCAAACCUGUCACCUGUAAAAAUGCCAAAACAUUCAGAUUAUUGCUCAGAGCUCGACGCCUUUCUUCAAACACUCGACGAGCUGACUGUUGAACUUCCUCCAGAGUUUGUUACUGACUGUUAAUGCAUGUGUGGGUCAUGACUACAUUUUCUUUAACUGAAAUAAAGUUUGUUUUAUCUGUUUUUAUCCCUGCUAUCUCUGAUUUGCUCUGACACAGUUUAACUGCGGAGAGUGAAUGAGUACAUUUCCUGUCAUAUGGUACAGUUUGAGACAAAUGUUGAACUUAAACUCUAGUGUAUUUAUGACUUUACUAGUUACUUUGCAUGUUUAGAUCAAUAAUACAAAAUAUCACUUAUGGUGCACUGUACAGACUUGUGUAGUCUCCCUACAGAUUGCAUUGAGUAUUUGUGAGAUUAAAAGGCUUAGAUAAGAAAACUAAACACUUUCUGAUGUCAUACUGUUUAUGGUUUCAUUAAUCUGUUAAUUAUUGACUGUAGACAAACUGUACAAAUGCUGUAUAAACUAUCCAAAUAAAGUGUUGCCCUCUAUU